AUGCCUCACGGAAAACACUCAACUAUCUACUCAACAAGGGAAAUCUACAACCUGUUGCGCGUCCACCACCAGCGAGUCCCUUGGCACAAGGAAGUAUGGUUCUCCAAAGGAAUUCCACGCCACAAGUUCCUAUCUUGGCUCUUCGUUCUGGACAGAUGCCCCACUAAAGAUAGAAUGAUGGAGUGGGGUUUUGCUACUGACCCUAUGUGCAUCCUCUGUAACUCGGGCCUUGAAUCUAGAGAUCAUCUGUACUUCUCUUGCUCCUACACUUGGGACAUUUGGUACUCAGUGGCUGGUAGAUCGGGCUUCUCCUCUCCAAGAGUGUGGAAUGAAAUCCUCCGACAUUUACAAAAACUAAAUACUCCGACACACACCAGACUACUAGUUCUCUUGGCUUGGCAAGCUUCGAUCUAUUGUAUAUGGGCGGAACGCAAUGCACGGCUCCACCGAAGUAGAUUCAGACCUCCUUCCGCCAUCGUCAAGGAAAUACACACUAUCGUCAAGCUAAGGAUUGCAUCUAUUCGUAUAGAUGAUCCUCACCUAGCGUCUGUCCUCUUCCAAGCUUGGGUCUCCUAA